UGUAGUUUCAACUUUAUAUCAGCCUCAUAACAGAAGGGACCAUGUCUGGUUUUGGCUACAGGCGAGAGCUUAGUAAAUAUGAAGAGCUGGAUGAAGAUGAACUCCUUGCUUCUCUUACUGAUGAGGAGCUGAAGGAGCUGGAGAAAGAGUUGGAGGAUAUUGAGCCUGACCGGAGCCUUCCUGUGGGGCAUAGGCAAAAGAGUCUAACAGAGAAAACUCCCACAGGAACUUUUAGCCGGGAAGCACUGAUGGCCUACUGGGAAAGGGAGACUAAAAAACUUCUGGAAAAAGAGAGAAUGGGGGCGUGUGAACAGGAUUAUAAGCAAGAAGAAGAAGAAGAUGAUGAUGAUGAUGGGUCAGAAGAAAUUAAAGAAGAAUAUUUUAGAGGAAGUAACAGUGAAAUUUCUGAAGAAGCACACACUGAAGAAGAUGAUGAAGAGGACAAAGAGGAUGAGAAUGAAGAGGAUGAGAAGAACAAUGAGGAAUAUGAGGAAGAGGAAGAGGGUGAAGAAGAUGACAGAGAAGAAGAAGCAAGUAGUACAGAUGAUGAAGAGGAAUCGGUUGAAGAGUGUGAAAAACUUCCAAAUACUAAGAAGCAAACUUCACUCAACAUUAAACUUAAAAACUACAAUGAAAGUGAAAUUGUUACCAAUGGUCACAAUGAAAAGGAAGCGGAAUACAGGAUGGGAGCCAUGCAUCCAUGUGGAAACCCAACAGUGAUUGAAGAUGCAUUAGAAAAUGUUAGGAACAAUGAUACCGAAACUACUGAGGUAAAUUUAAACAAUAUUGAAAAUAUCACACCACAGAUGCUAACACAUUUUUCUCAGGCUCUACGGAAGAACACUGUAGUGAAGACUUUUAAUCUGGCUAAUACUCAUGCUGAUGACAGUGUUGCAAUGGCUAUUGCAGGUAUGCUAAAGGAGAAUGAACACAUUGUGAGUCUGAAUCUAGAUUCUAAUUUUAUCACAGGCAAAGGAAUUAUUGCAAUCAUGAGGGCUUUACAGAAUAACAAAAUUUUAACAGAAUUACGAUUCCAUAACCAAAGGCACAUAAUGGGCAGUCAGGCUGAAAUGGACAUGGUUAAACUUUUAAGGGACAAUACUACUAUUGUGAAAUUAGGCUAUCACUUUGAGCUUGCUGGACCAAGAAUGACUAUGACAAGCAUUCUGACAAGAAAUAUGGAUAAACAAAGACAGAAACGAAUGCAAGAACAGAAAGAACAACAGUCCAGUUGGGAUGGAGCACUCAAUCCAAAGAACAAAGCAUUGCAGAAGGGAACUCCUGGUUCUUCACCGUAUUCAUCUCCUAGAAAUUCACCUUGGUCUUCUCCAAAGACUUCUAAGAAAAUUUCUCCGCCACCAACUGCACCACCUCCUCCUCCUCCACCACCACCUCCUCCUCCUCCUCUUAUUCCGCCACCACCUCCUCCUCCUCAAAUAGUUGUAGAGAAAAAAGCACCCACCAGGAAUAUUGCUGAGGUUAUAAAACAGCAGGAAAGUGCCAAGAGGGGUCUACAAAAUAAGCAGAAGAAGAAAAAAAGCAAGAAAAACAAACAAUAUGAGAAUACAAUAUUAAAAGAAAUUAAAAAUUCAUUAAAGUCCAUCCCAGACAAUGUAUCAGAAGAAGGAUCACGUCCUUCAAGCCGACCUUCUACCCCAGUAAGAUCACUCCACAGUGAUCUUAUGGAGGCAAUCCGUGGAAGUAAUAUAAAGCAGCUAAGGCGGGAAUUGAGCACGGGUAGUGAAGUCAUCUUGAUAGAUAAGAAGCCUCAAGAAGGAUCUCCAUAG